AUGCCCGCCAGAGAACCGCCAGAGAAGCCACCAGAGAACCCGCCAGAGAGCCCGCCCAUAGAACCGCCAGAGAAGCCACCAGAGAACCCGCCAGAGAACCCAGAACCGCCAGAGAACCCUCCAGAUACUUCACAAGAGAACCACAAUAGAACCGCCAGAGAACCCGCCAGAGAACCACCAGAGAACCCACCAGAGAACCGGCAGAGAACCCGCCAUAGAACCCACGAGAGAACCGCCCAAGACCCGCCAUAUAACCCACCAGAUAACCCACCAGAGAACCAUCCAGAACCCGCCAAGACCCGCCAGAGAACCACCAGAGAAACCAACCAGAGAACCCGCGAUAGAACCCGAAGAGUAACACCUCCAGAGAACCCACCAGAGAUAACCCGCCAGAGAACCCGCCCAGAGAACCGCCAGAGAACCCACAAGAGAACCCACCAGAAACAGCCCGCAGAAACCCACCAUAUAACCUCCAUAUAA